AUAAAUAUUGAUUUCAAAACCGUUGCUUAGUUUCAGCGCGCGAACGAGAGAGUUCUUAUUCCAAAUGGAGUUUUCUUCAGCUCAGAAACUUUGCUUACACUUAAUAUCUUCAGCGUAUCAGAGAUGCCGAUUAUCGGAGCAGAUUUGUAGACUUUCAGUUGUUCUCACUUGCUCUUCAUCUUCGCAUUCUUCUCUUCGAAUUUCUAUCUCUGAUACUGGCAUAGGGAGCAGCUUAGAGGAAUUUCAAGACUUGAGGUUGUCUUUCACAAAUGUUGCUGAUAAUUGGGAUGGAAUACUUUCUAUCAAAACCACCAGAAUUAUUGAUAGCAAGAUACAUAAUUAUCAGAUAAAUCUGAAAGAAAGUAGUUCAUCCAGAAUAACGGAAUUACCUUCAGACACAAAACACGGUGCAAAAUUCAGUGGUAGUGAAGUUUGCCUCUCUUCUUUUAUUAACCCUGAUCUCUUACUGGCUGAAAUUCAUAGCCUCCUAGAGAAGAUGCUGAUUCUAAAGGUUCCUAAUGUUGCAAUUCAACUAAUAGCAGAAGAUUGCGAUAUGCCUGAAUCACGAUAUGAAAAGGUUUUUCUUGCAAAUACGUGCAAGCAGUUACCAAUCUCAGCAUCAAGUCUUGAACAUCUUAAGUCAGGACUCAACGAAUAUGUACUAAAGCAUGGAAAUAAUUUAAGUAACAAAUGCAACUCUUGCUUCACAAGUUGGGAGGAGCUCAAAGUUGGGAGUGGGGUGGCUAGCUGCACUGAAAACCGUCUAAACACUGAACUGGUGAUGGAAGCGGUCAUAGUAAUAAGUAAUAUGUCAAUUCAGAACACUACAUGCAUCAGGGAAUAUGGUGACAAAACAGAGGUUUUGUAUUUCAAGGACUUUUCACCAUGUGCAAUAUCUCAAUCAUCUUUGAAGGCAUUGAAAAGCAUUGACUGGAAAAGAUAUGGUUUGCAUUUUGGGGGUAUAGUAGAGCAAGAUGGCAUUGCAUUACUAGAAUGGGAAAACUUGCCUACUGAUACUCGCAUUGAUAUUGUUCUCCACUCAUAUCUAAAACAGACCGUGAUACCCACGCCAAGGAAGACGUCUCAACUUGAUAGAAACCUUGUAAAAAAAGCUGUUAAACUUUCUCUGGAUGACUUGAAGGCUAAGCAUUCUGGGGAUUUUCUAAGUUCCCGUGCCCUCCAGAUCCGCAAUUAUGCCCCUGAUCUAGCUCAAACAAUUGCUGGACUGAUUUUGUCUUCAAGUGACUUAGAUUUCCAGAGAGAAUGUUUUUCUCUACUUGGAUUACAGUCUCAAGAUGUUGGAGCUGAAAUCAUGGAAAACAGUAUCAAGGAAAAGAUUGUUUCAGUUAUAGAGAUGAACGACAAUGAGCCCGACAAACCUAAAGAAAUUGCGCCUUUUCUUUUUGAGGAGGAUGAUCAUAUCCAGGAACUGGAAGUAGAGUUUCAAGAAAACGAUUUCAGCCCCUUGGACUUGGAUAUGUUUUAAGGCUUUAUAUCUAUCCAUAAAUAUAUACAUCAAAUUCCCUCCACAUAGUAAAUGCAGCCAUUUUUAAUUGCUGUAA